AUGGUAUUAGUGCAACUAUUAGCACUGGGUUUAAGAAGCAAACAUGGAAGCUAAGCUAAAGAAAGAAUUGGGGACAACCACGCUAAAAUCGACCGGCCACUCUGGAGGUGGAUGCAUCAGCGAGGGCCAGAGUUAUGAUACUGACUUUGGGAGAGUGUUUGUGAAGAUCAAUCACAAAAGCGAGGCCAAAUUAAUGUUUGAUGGGGAAAUGGCCAGUUUGGAAGCCAUUGUAAAGUCGGAAACAGUAAAAGUCCCCAAGCCCAUGAAAGUGAUUGAGCUGGACAGAGGAGGAUGUGUGUUUGUGAUGGAACACCUGGACAUGAAAGGUCUUAAUAAGUACUCAAAGCAGCUAGGAGAUCAGCUGGCAGAUAUGCAUCUUCACAACAAGAGACAGCUGGAAAAAUUAAAUAAGGAGCAGCAAACAGUGGGAAAAGGAGCUGGGCAAUCAGAGGUUGCUGUUGUUGAAAAAUUUGGCUUCGAUGUCGCUACAUGCUGUGGAUAUAUACCACAGGUAAAUGAGUGGCAGAAUGACUGGGUGACAUUUUACUCCCAGCAGAGGCUGCAGCACCACCUGAACUUGGUGGAACAAUCGUAUGGAGACAGAGAAGCCAGAGAAUUAUGGGCCAAGCUACAGCUGAAGAUCCCUCAGUUUUUCUCAGAUGUGGAGAUUGUCCCUGCUCUCCUCCAUGGAGACCUGUGGACAGGCAAUGUUGCAGAGUCUACAGAUGGCCCGGUCAUCUUUGACCCUGCUUCCUUCUACGGCCAUUCAGAGUUUGAGCUGGGUAUAGCCGGGAUGUUUGGUAGUUUCAGUCGGUCUUUUUAUUCAGCUUACCAUGAAAAGAUUCCUCAGGCACCAGGAUUUGCAAAGAGGAACCAGCUUUACCAACUCUUCCACUACUUGAAUCACUGGAAUCACUUUGGUGGUAGCUACAGAGGCUCUUCAAUAAGGGUUAUGAAGGACCUACUGAAAUAAUUGCAUUCCCAGUUACUUUUAGAAAGCUUUACAGUCUUAAAAUAAAGCUUAGCAUUAUGUAUUAAUUGACCAAAACAGUAUUGCUAAUUGUUGUAGAGACAAAACAUUCCAACAUAUCUCAAUGCCUGCAAUAUUUGUCUAGUAAAAACAGAAUCAGCAUAGCAAAUGCAGUUCUGCAAUGCCAGCUCCACAUACAUCAGUCUACUGUCAGAUUUGUAAACAUAAUCUAAAUCUUUCAGUUACUGUCUUAAAUUGGUUGUUUCUUUCCUUCUUUCUUCUUUUUUUUUUUUUCAAGAUUGGGAAUGCUUCAUGAGCAUUGCUUGUCACAAGAACAAAUAUGAAGAAGCUGGUCUUACAUCGAAUAUUUUGGUAUGCUGCAAUUCCUUUCUUAACAUAUUAAGAUUUUUAAUUGUCUGAAUUUGACCAGACUACGUUAUAUUACUGUGCAAAGGAUGUCUUAUUUUCACAGUGAAUGCAAUACCUUCAAUUAUGCAUUAUGAUAGCCUCACUGUUAUUAUCCUGCAGGAACAAUGAUCCUGUAUAACAAUAAAUUCUUGCAAAUCCUUGUUGUCCACUCCUUAACCAACAAUAAACCCUGAGAAGAUCCAAAGUG